AUGGCGGACCAGGUCGAUGUUAUGGCGCCGCCGGCCACUGGGACCAAGCUGGUUGCCUAUACCCCCAUGUUCCACGCGCGCCUCUUUGCGGAGACUGAAAAAUACCGACAAACGCACUUCCAAGCCUCCAAAGCGACGCCGACGAGUCCUGACCCCACCCCUACCGAGCCCGGCGAGCUUUUCCUCGACGGGAACCCCGCGAUAGAUAGGCCUCUCUUUGUCCAGUUCUGCGCCAAUGACCCGCGCUGGCUCCUAGAAGCGGCCCGCAAAGUCGCGCCCUACUGCGACGCCGUGGACCUGAACCUCGGCUGCCCCCAGGGCAUCGCCCGCAAGGGCCACUACGGCUCGUUUCUCCAGGAGGACCAGGACCUCAUCUUCCGCCUCAUCCGCACGCUGCGCGACGGCCUCGACGUGCCCGUGACGGCCAAGAUCCGCAUCCUCGACACCCGCGAGGCGACGUUGGCCUAUGCGCGCAACGGCCACCUCACCGGCCUAGCCGACUGGGAGGCUAUCCGCUUCCUGCGGGACAACCUGCCGCCCGAGACCGUUCUCUUCGCCAACGGCAACAUUCUGCAGCACGGCGAUCUCGAACGGUGCCUCGAGUUCACCGGCGCCGAUGGCGUCAUGGCCGCCGAAGGGAAUCUGAGCGACCCGGGCCUGUUCGCGGCGCCCCCAACCUCGGCGAGGAAGGGAGGGAGUACUGGCGCGGCAAGGACGGCAGGGGCGGGUGGCGGAAGCGCAAAAGGAAAGAAGAAGGACUACGUGCCCAACGGCAACUACGCCGCCAUGCAGCCGCACACCUUCCACCUGCUCCGCCACCUUGUGACCGCGCACACCGACGUGCGGGAUAUGUUGGCCCGCAGCACAAAGGGAGACUUGGACGCCUACGAGCGCGUCUUAGCCCUCGUCGAGGUCAAGGUCGCCAGGGGCCUCCUUGACUAUGAGGAGAAGAAGAACGCGGCGGACGCUGACAUGGUCACCUCGGCAACAGACAUAAGAGAAGCGGUGCCAGAAAAGGGCCGUCAAGGAGAAGAGGACAAGGAGGGUGCGGCAAAGGGAGAGGAGUCCGCUCCGGGAGGCUUAGAUGGGGAGCUCAAGGCCGACAGCUCAGCCGGCGCCAUGAAGCGGUGCGCGCGGCCGUGGUGGGUCGCCCAGCCCAUCAUCCGGCCGCUGCCCCUGGAGGCCCUGGCCAAGGGGAGCAUCACCUUGAGCAAGAAGACGAUGGCGGCCAUGGGCAUCGAGGGGGACGUCGCGGAUGCUAUCGAAAAGAAGGCGGCGGCGACAGCUGAAAAGGGUGCUGCGGUUGCGGAGGAGACGGGACAGCCGACUUCGCCGCUCAAGGGGGUUGCUGGGUGA